AUGGGCCUCACCAAGCAGUACCUACGCUACGCGCAUGUCGGCAGCUUUAAUGCGGUGGGCUCGUCGAACGGGGCCGUGGUGGCCGUCGACCACCAGACGUGCGCCGUCACCGCCUGCGAGAACGUCCACUUCUACAACUUCCGCACCGGGGAAAAGGUGGCCUCGCUGAGCGAGUCGGAGAAGCAAGUGACGUGCCUCCGACUCAGCCACAACAAGCAGUUCCUGGCCAUCGGAUACGCCGAUGGGGCCAUUCGACUCUUCAAUCGACAAGCAGAAGAUCAGAACGAGUGCAUCGUGUUCAUGGGCCACAAGAAGGGCGUCAACUGCCUGGCGUUCAGCCACGACGGGCUGACGCUCGCGUCCGGUGGAAAGGGCUCGGACCGGCUGAUCGACUUCUACCGCGUCUACACCGACGACGAGGCCCGGAAGCGGCUCUCCAAAAAGUUGAGAAAAGCCAAGCGAAAAGCGGCGGAUAGUGGAGCCGACGAGGGCCCGUCAUCAGAAGACGUCGGCAAAGACGUGACGCUCGUGUUCGCGCGGGUUGGCGAAUGGCGGGCUGCCGCGAAGCCGAAGUGGAUCUCGUUCGCCCCGUCGCAACCGGCCCAACAUGGCGACGGAGUUCUGCAGUAUCGGGCCUUUUGCCUGUUUGUCAACAACUCGGUCGAGUCGCUGGACGUCAAGCUGAACGCGGCCACGAACGAGGUGGUCGUGGAGAAGGCCGCCGAUUUGGAGAAGAUGGGCCAUCGCGGCGACGUGCGGUCGAUGAGCGUCGCCUCGCACGACUCGCUGCUGGCCACUGGCGGUGGCAAUCAGGUGAUGCUGUGGAACGUCGAGACGUUUCGGGCGGCGAAUUGUCUGCAAGAAGAGGGCAUGGACGACGUGACGGCCGUCCUCUUUGCCACUGGCGAUCGACACGUCAUCGCCGCCACCAAG